UAGACAUUGAAUCCCAAAGGACAGUUUGCAUGCUAGGAAUUUAUGGAACAGGAGGAAUCGGCAAAACAGCACUUGCCAAAGCUCUUUAUAACACAAUUAUCCAUAAAUUUGAAUGUUCAAUCUUUCUUGAAGGUGUUAGAGAAAGAUCAAACAGUUAUAUGGGUCUAGUAAAUCUCCAAGAGGCUAUUAUAUCUAAGCUAUAUGAUGGGGAAAUUAUAAAGUUGGAGAAUAUUGAUGAUGGCAUCAUUAAGUUAAAAGAUACAUUGAAGCAUAAGAGAGUUCUUUUGGUACUCGACGAUGUUGAUAGCGAGGAUCAAAUAAAAAAUUUGGCUGGCGAGAGCAACUGGUUCGGUUCUGGGAGUAGAAUCAUCAUAACAACGAGGGAUAAACAUGUGCUAAACAUUGGUAACGUUGAAAAGAAAUUCGAGAUAAAGAGGUUACAUGAUCAUGAAGCUCUUCAAUUCUUUUGCUUAAAAGCUUUCAAAAUGAAUCAUCCUUUACCCGAGUACAAAAAUGUGUCUAAUCAUGUAGUUCAUUAUGCCAAGGGCCUUCCAUUAGCUCUAAAAGUAUUAGGGUCUCAUUUUGCUAAUAAAUCUAUAAGGGAAUGUGAAUGUGCAUUGAAACAAUUCAAGAGGAUUCAACAGAGGAACAUACAUGACAUACUCAAGGUCAGUUAUGAUUGCUUAGAAGAUGCCACAAAGUGUGUAUUUCUUGACAUUGCUUGCUUCUUUAAAGGGGCUAGCUUGCAAUAUGUUGAGAAUGUUUUGGAGAAAUGUGACAUUUUCCCAUCAUAUAAUAUUGGAAGACUUGUUGAUAAAUCUCUGCUAGCUAUUGAAAAUGAUUGCUUAAUAAUGCAUGAUCUCAUUCAAGACAUGGGCAUAGAAAUUGUUAGGCAAGAAGCACCAUCAAAACUUGGUAAACGCAGCAGAUUAUGCUUUUAUGAAGAUGUUCUUAGAGUAUUGAGGGAAGAUUCGGGAAGCAGUAACAUUGAAGGAAUAAUGUUGGACCCUCCUAAAGAAGAAAAUGUAAUAUGGAGCGGCACUGCCUUUCAGAAGAUGAAUAAUAUUCGAAUUCUCAUUGUUCGAAAUACACAUUUUAUACCAGAGCCUAGUUAUUUGCCGAACAGUCUAAGGUUACUCGAAUGGGAUAGGUACCCAUCAAAAUCUCUCCCGUCAAAUUUUCAUCCUAAGGAUAUUGUUGACCUGAGCUUACCGUGCAGUCAACUCAACUUGAAGAUGGAAAAAUCGUUUCAGAAAAUGUUGCAUUUGACAUACAUGAAUUUGUCAAUGUGCCAAUUCAUAACCCAUUUUCCUGAUGCGUCUGGUGUUCCGAACUUGAAAGAACUUAAGCUUAACUACUGUAAAAAUCUGAUUGCGAUUCAUCCCUCAGUUGGAUUUCUUAAAAAGCUCAAACAUCUAAGCGCAUGUCAUUGCAUGAAUCUCAAAGAUUUCUCACCAACAAUGUGGUUGCCAUCUCUACAAUAUCUCAACCUUGAUUCCACAAGUAUUGAGUUCUUCCCACAAACAGAGAAAACAAUGCAUGAGCCACUAGAAAUCACCAUGCAAAAUGAUCGAAUUAAGGAGCUUCCAAGUUCCAUUAGUAAUCUAAUGGGACUUAGAAAAUUAUACAUACAAUUCAAAGGGCUUGUUCCUGGAGGCUUACCAAAUGAUCUAUUCAUGUUGCCAGAGAUGGUAUAUUUGUCUAUUUUCGAUUCUCCUAAUGUUGGAGAAUCAUUUAAAAGAUUCCUAAUAGAUAAACCAGGAUGCUAUUCUCCUUUGAGAUUGUUGAAUUGUAGUGCUUGUGGUUUAACCGAUGAAGAUCUUCACGCUAUUCUAUGUUGUUCUCCCAACUUGGAAGAGUUAUAUGUACCUUGGAAUGAAUUUGUGUGCCUCCCAACCAUCAUUAAGGAAUCUUCUAAAUUGAGGUAUCUCUGUGUAACUAGGUGCAAGAAGCUUUCGGAAAUACCAGAAUUGCCAUCAAGUAUAAAAGUUUUAGAAGCAAAAGAAUGCUCCAUCUUGUCUUCAAAAGCAUCUGGGUUAUUAUGGUCUCAGGCUUUAAAGGAAGCAUACAGGCUACAAAUCAUAAUGCCAAAAAUAACAAUGAUUCCAAUUUGGUUUGACCACUGUUAUGAAGGGGGAGUUGUGUCAUUUUGGGCUCGUCAAAAGUUUCCUGUUCUUGCUGUAGCGUUUAUCUUGAAGGAGAAAGCAUCCAUGGGCUCUGCAAAUUUGUACAUUAAUGGUUGCAACGCUCAUCAGUUUAUUAGUAAUAACUAUUAUUGCCCUUACGUCAAAGGAGAGCAUGUGUUGCUAUUUGACCUACGCAGUUUGUUUAAGGAUGAUGAGGAGUGGAGAAUCCUCGACACCUUUCUAAUCUAUGAAUGGAACUAUGUGGAGGUUAAAUAUGAAUGUGACAAUUUGCUUUUAAAUGAUGUGGUUGGAAUGUCUAAUGUAAGUCACUGUGGAGCUUAUGUGUACAAGGGACAAUCAAACAUGGAGGAUAUUCAAUUUCAGUGUCCUUAUUCAACAAUGUAAGGAACAAUAUCAACAACAAUAAUUGCCAUAGAUUUGAGAUUCAUUUAAAGUUCUGCGGUUGGCUAAUCGAUUUCUACUCUGUCACUUGUUUGAACAAUGUCUUGCUUUAUUUUUCUUGUACCUGAUGAGAUCCUGCAAAGAGCAUGAUUGAAUUGUUUCUGAUGGAAAAGAAAUAGGAAAUAGAGGAUUUGACAGA